AUGAAAAAUCCAGUCCUCUCCGACCUGGAAGCGUUAAACAAAACUUCUGCACACCCUUCACAAUGCGCCAUCCAGCUUACUAAGACAGUAGAGGCUGCUACCUUAAUCCCAACCGACCUCGACAGUAUUCAAGUCAUGCUUAAGCGAAUCGAGGAGCAAUCGAAGAAUGUGUUAAUGUUACAGAUUUUGCAGGGUUUACAAAAUGAGAUGAAAGAUAUGAAGAAGGCAAUGGAAGAGACUAAGAAAGAGAUGCGAGUCGAAAUACAGCAAGCGAAGGAGGGAAUGGAAACAGUGAUAAAAGAGACGAUGACCAAAAUGGAAGAAAUUGAGAAGGAGAUGCGGCAAACAGUGGCACAGACUGAGAAAGAAAUGGCGAACAAAAUUGAAGAGACUAAGAAGGAGAUACAAGCAGAAGUACAGCUGAUAAAGAAGAGUGAGCAAAUGGCAAGGAAGGUUAUGAUUCAGACGAUCAAAGAGACGAAAAAUGAGGUCCAACAUGAAAAUCAGAAGGCGACCAAAGAAAAUCAGCAAACGCAGAAGGACUUGAACAGCGAGAUGCAGCGAAUGGCGAUGAAGCUUCCACAGAUGAACGCUAUACAGCACAAACUUGAAAAGCAGAGAAAUGAUAUCAAAGCCAUACAACAAUCCACAAAAGAGACCAUUGGCGGUUUAAAGGUCGAGCUCCAAACACAGAACAUGGCCAUGUAA